GCUUCGUGCGGCCGCCGCUCGCCUCCUUCCGAAUCCCGUAAGUGUGCGCAAUGUAUCCACAACAGGACUAACAUCGCUCCGGCUUACUUUUCGGAGCUUCUUCUUCUUUUUGGGGGGAGGAGAGAAUUGCGACUCCGCGGCGUCCGCGGAACUUUUGAGAUUCAAGAGGAAGCGUAGGAGGCAGGCGCUGGUGGAAGAGGCUCUGCUGGAGGAUGAGUUUGGUGGAGGUGAGGCAGUUAGCGAGCUCGCUGACACUGUCCCUGUCCAGCAAUGACUCCAAGGAACGCUGCUGCGAGAGCGACCCGGACGGCCUCCGCAGCCGCGCCAUGUCACCGGACCUGAGGCAGGACUUCAACAUGAUGGAGCAGAAGAAGAGGGUCACCCACAUCCUGCAGAGUCCUGUAUUUAAAGAUGAGCUGGAAGGCCUGAUUCAGGACCAGAUGACCAAGGGCAACAACCCCACGGGCCUCCUGGCCCUGAGGCAGAUAGCCGACUUGGUCAUGGCCAGCACGGUGGGAGGCGCCGGGCCCUUGACAUCGCCCAUCAGCUUGGGAAUGGUGUCACCGAUCAAUGACUUGUAUGCCGUGGAGUCCCCGUCCUUUGCCAAAGGCGAGAAGCAGAGCCGCUGCAAGCUGGCCGGCCUCUACAGGCUCGUUGACCUUUUCAGCUGGGCUCGUUUCACCAGUUCCUACAUCACCGUGCGUGUCAACAAAGAACAAGACCAUGUUCUGAUCGGUCCGAGAGGCCUUUCAUUUGCUGAGGUGACCGCGGCAACUUUGAUAAAAGUGAACAUGAUCGGCGACGUAGUGGACCAAGGCUCAACCGACUUGGGCAUCGACCACUUCGGAUUCGCUCCUCACGCCGCCAUCUACGCCAUGCGACCCGACUUGAGAUGCAUCGUCCACGUGCACACGCCUGCGACUGCCGCCGUGUCCUCCAUGAAGUGUGGAAUACUGCCCAUUUCCCAGGAGGCUUUGCUCCUCGGAGAUGUCAGCUGCUUCGGUUACCGUGGCAGCUUAGAUAAUAAAGAGGAGAAGGUGGAGUUUCAGAAAGCUCUGGGCCCAACUGCCAAGGUGAUGAUCCUGAGGAACCACGGCCUACUCGCUUUGGGAGAAACUGUCGAGGAAGCCUUCCACUACAUGUACCACUCGCAGCAAGCGUGUGAAAUCCAGGUGCAGGCUUUGGCGUGCUCGGGCGGCGUGGACAACUUGGUGCUCCUGGACAGGGAGAAAUUCAAACCCCUUACGCAGGGAGUGGCCGCCGCUGGGGUGCCCGUGAGCAACGACUUCAAGUGGAAAGUGGGAGAGGUCGAGUUCGAGUCUCUGAUGAGGAUGCUGGACAACCUGGGAUACAGAACAGGCCACUCGUACAGGAACCCCAUUGUCCGCGAAAAGCCCCGGUCCAAGAACGACGUGGAGAUCCCCGCCACGGUGUCCGCGAUCCUGUCCGACGACGACGCCGACGCGGCGGGCCUGCGCAGCCCCUUAAAGUUGAAGGCGCAGCGGCAGCAGCGGGAGCGGACACGCUGGCUCACCUCGCCCAACAGCUACUUGAGGGUGAACGUGCCGGAACGCUCGCCCAGUGGAGACGUCAGCCCCAGAACCAAAACAAUGUGGAUGAAGUCGUCAGAGCCAGGCAAAAGCAUAGGCACCCCGAUUAAGAUCGAAGACCCCAACCAGUUCGUCCCGCUCAACACGGACCCCACGGAGGUGCUGCACAAGAGGAACCGGAUAAAGGAGCAGCAGAGAGGCGACCAGAUGACAUCGGGCCCAAAGUCCCAUUUACUGGCCGGCAUUGUUGUCGACACGAUCCCGGGGCCAGCUUUCAUCACGGAGGAUGAAGAGCUCACUCGCUCUUUACCGCCCAAUCCUUUCAACCAUCUGACCGAGGAGGUGCUGGAGGAGUACAAGAGCCUGGUGGAGCGAAAGCAACUAGGCCAAGACGAAGACGAAGACGCCACGGACGCGGACGAGAUGACCACGUUCGACGGCUCCACAAUCUCGCUCUCCUUUUCUCCCGUCAUGACGCCAACCAAGCUCGAUACGAUAACCAACGGGAAAGACCACUUGUCCGAUCUGGAUGAGGACCUGAGCCUGGAGGUUUCCAAGCUGAACGUGAGCACCUCGGAAUCGCUGCAAAUCUCCAUGAGUGCCAAGGACAAGACCCCGGAGAGCACCAAGAAGAAAAAGGAGAGAAAAAACAAGUUUCCUCACUCUUCCUUCCUCACGAAGAGCAAGAAGAAGAACAGGAAAAAA